UCAUGUCAAUACCGUUUAAAUUUUGCUGUCAAAGCUGCAAUGUCAGGCAAAGCGAAAAAGUUCAAUUUGCCAUCUUAAGUUGCGUUUGUACGUUUUUCAAAAAAAAUCCAUUAUUGAUGCGAUCUGGCAUUUUGUUUUCAAGAGCAGCCGGCGGCAGAAGGUAAUUAGAAAACUUACCGCCGUUUCGAUAGUAAACAAACAGUAGUAAAAAUAUUUUGUAUUCGGGUCAGUUGAAUUAAGCAAGCAAAAUAUAAUGGCAUUUUAUAAUGAAAAUCUUGGUAAUCGUAUAAUGGAGCUCCUCAACUAUCCUAUACCGGAUCGUUGUGUGGAAUUGACACAAUUGUUUGAACGUUGCAGUCUACGCGAAUUACAGGAUAUAUUUCCCACAAUUGUGCAGUCAGUGUUUGGUAUUGGAAGUGGCGGCCUCGGUUGGGGCUUGCGAGCUACUACAAAAGAAAAUUCCCCUCUAUGUUUUGAUGUGCUACAUGAAUUCUUUUCGCCUAUGGGGUCAAUGUUGCGGUUAUGCUAUCGAUUAUUAAACGAAGCAAUUAAGUUUGAGUUUAGUUUAGAUAUGCUGCCGCAUAAAGUCAGCGAACUGAUGCAGUCCGGACAAUACUCAUUAUUUUACGCCGAUUUGGUAAACAUUGAUCCUUUUCGCCGUCAAGUAACAUCCCUCUUGUUGAACGCUUUCGAUUAUUACAUGUUGCAUUAUGUUAUACAUGCUACAUUCCCACUGCAUAAAAUGUUUCCAGCCGCUUUGCAAGUACAUAAUGAGCGCAUGAAAACGGUUUACUUUUUCCUAACAGCAGAAUAUCUAUGCACUUUUCUGCCGGGCAAUCCAGAUGCGAUUGUAUUUCCGAUAAAUAUUUGUGCGUCGGUAAAGGCACCACAACCGUUGCAGCCAGUUCAACCGCUGCAGCCGCAACGUUCGCCUAAAUACUUAAAAAUACCUACAAAUACUAGUUUGUUUCCGACAGAUGGACCAUCAACAUCAGCUGCAGCUGCAGCGGCUGUACAGGCCGCACGUAGUUGUGAGUCGCCGCGCACGCAUUGCUGGCGUACGGAAUCUGUGCUGCACUUCUUUGUCGAUACAUGGCUGCGAUAUGAUAUCGAUGAAGCACGGGAUCUUCCAAGUAGCGAAUUUAUACGUGUGGUACGCAUAUUGGUUAAGCAAGUACAUACAUUUGCCAAUUCAGUUCAUAUGGAUCACACACCUAUGGCGAUGUUACGUAAAUUAGCUCAUCCAAUGAUGAAAACGCGCAUUUAUCCGUUCCUAAAAAGUAUUAUAGGACGAUGGCCACUGGACAGUUCACUUUCAGUAGUGCUCGAGUUAUGGCUCAGUUACAUACAACCUUGGCGUUAUUUAUUCGAGGGACAAAACUCAAAUUGCUAUGAUACCGGUAGAGUAAAUGCUGCUAAUGUAGUCAACCCCGGAGCUAUGGUUAAUGAAAUGACUGUAAGCCAACGCUUUACCACAUUCAUAGCGGAGAAUUUGGUCAUAUAUACGCAAAUAUUUGUAUAUCUUUUGCCACGUUUCGAACGAUUGGAUUUCACUUCUUUUAGAAAUGUUAUUAUGCUACAUCGAUUAGUAAAGGUUUUUAGUCAAGCCAAUCUGCCUACAAUGCUUUGCCAAGCCGAAAAAGCUUACAUUUGUCAACUUGGAAUUGACUCACCGAGAAAACAUUCAAUGUAUGCCAGGCAAGGCAAAACAGACUGGGAUGGCUCGUUUCACGAGGAAAACUACACUCCAUUAUUUGGUCCAGCUGUAAAAUGUGAAAUUGAACAAGUAAUUAAAACUAUAUGUAUUUCACGUUUGUAUGUAUUACAAGAAAUUGAUAGUAUACGGAAUGAUAUAGUGGAACAACGUAAAGCGCACAGUUUUUUCCGCAAAUUAUUUGCAAGCAUUUUCGUAGAUGUCUCGCCGGCUGAGUUGAAAUUGCAAGAGAUUGGAAAAAUACCUGAUAUACUCGAUUUAGCUGUACGCUCACUGUCUAUAAUGUUUGACGCGCGCAUGCCGGAUAUUACAAUGGAACAAGUGCACGAUCGAAGCAGUGCGCCAUUAAACUUUUCUGCAUAUGAUAGCAGUGAUUAUUUGGACAUUACGAAAGUCACUCCAACGCAGAUGCAAAGUAAUUUAGCGAAUAUAUCAGCGACAAUCGAUCCCGCCACAGUGCCUAUACAGGAUUAUGAAGUUAAAUUCUUAGUGCGUUUUUUACAUAAAGUUUCUUGUCGCUUAAAUGAAAUGUUCUGUAACGAAAUUCAGACAUUGUGGUGUCGUGCGGAUUUUAUUGGUAAAUUAGCGCGAAAAUUGCUAUAUGCGCCCAUGACGCAGCAAUGGUUUGACAAGUCAAGAGGUGUAAGUGAAUUAUGUGAGGAACGUUUACCCGCCCGUAUCUGCCUACGCCCGUUGGCUUCGUAUCAAGUGCUUGGACUCAUCACAUUUUCCAUGCUCGUCGGUUACUCGUUGUGGCACGCGCCCAUAUACGGACUUCUUAUAUUCAUAUUACUAUUUUUUAUUUAUAUAACAAUACUAGCGCUAUGUGUGUAAUUAUUGUAUGCAUAUACAUAUAAUUGAAUGUAUAUGCAUAUUUAUAUAUAUGUAUAUAUAUAUAUAUAUUUAUUUAUAAAACUACAUAAUUAUUGUUCACAUUCUCCUCUCUAUUUAAAAUUUCUUAGCAUUUCAUGUAUGUAUGUAUGUGCCCGGGAUGUGCGAGAAAACAAUUAAUCGAUGGAAUUAAUUAAUCAUGAGUAAUCAUUUGUGAUUCAUUCAAAUGCCCAAAUACAAUACAAUUUUCAUUUAUC